AUGUCGAAAGAAGAGCCUGUCUUUCCUACCAUUUCAAGCCCUGGUGCUUCUGCGAAAGAUCCAACCCCAACCCGCUUGCACACCGUACGAAUUUUACUUUCUGACAGUGAAUCUCAUCCUAUGGAUGAUAUCAAUAAAAAGGGCCUCGGUGAUGUGGUUCUUGCUGCCGUUCCUCUUCAAAGGAUUCGCGCUGCAAGCCAAGCCCAGGACGACCAUAGCAAUACGGAAGAUGCAUUACAAGUGGAAAUUGCGGUGUAUGAGGCUGGUAUUCCACGGGUUUGGAAGAUAUAUGGGAGGGUAAAAUUCGAUCCAUUAAGCAGCGACGAUCCGAUUCUCUUACAACAACCGGCAAACGAUCUUAACUUGAAGAAACAUCUUUGUAACCAGUACUUGCGUGGCGAGUACGAGCGGGAAUAUAAAAGAUGGGACAAUCAUGCAAAGAAUCUUGGACUUGAGAUAGAUAGCGAGUUUGAGCGGUGGUUUGAAGAACGUCUCGAUGACAUAGGUUACCGCCUUCAAAUAUCCGGGUAA